GUUCCGGAGCGGAGCUGGGGCCGAGGACCGAGGACGAGCCAUGAUCCACAGCCUGUUCUUGAUCAACGCGGCGGGCGACAUCUUCCUGGAGAAGCACUGGAAGAGCGCGGUGAGCCGCUCGGUCUGCGACUACUUCUUCGAGGCGCAGGAGAAGGCGAGCGAGGCGGAGAAUGUGCCGCCGGUCAUCCCCACCCCGCAUCACUUCCUCAUCAGCGUGUACCGGGACCGCAUCUUCUUCGUGGCCGUCAUCCAGAGUGAGGUGCCGCCGCUCUUCGUCAUCGAGUUCCUGCACCGGGUGGUGGACACGCUUCAGGACUACUUUGGGAGCUGCUCAGAAGUAGCCAUCAAAGACAAUGUUGUGGUUGUGUAUGAAGUGCUUGAGGAGAUGUUGGACAAUGGAUUUCCACUGGCGACAGAAUCUAACAUCUUAAAGGAGCUGAUCAGGCCUCCCACCAUUCUCCGCACCGUGGUGAACACCAUCACUGGCAGUACGAAUGUUGGGGACCAUCUGCCCACGGGACAGCUCUCUGUGGUGCCUUGGCGACGCACUGGCGUGAGAUACGCGAACAAUGAGGCCUACUUCGAUGUGGUUGAAGAGAUCGACGCCAUCAUUGACAAAUCAGGUUCAACAGUGUUUGCUGAGAUACAGGGUGUUAUUGAUGCCUGUGUGAAGCUGACUGGAAUGCCAGACCUCACCCUCUCAUUCAUGAAUCCUCGGCUAUUGGACGACGUCAGUUUCCACCCCUGUGUCCGUUUCAAGAGGUGGGAGUCGGAGCGAAUCCUUUCUUUCAUACCACCAGAUGGGAAUUUCCGGCUCCUGUCCUAUCACGUCAGUUCCCAGAACUUGGUGGCCAUCCCCGUCUACGUCAAACACAACAUCAACUUCCGGGAUGGCAGCUCCACGGGGCGAUUUGAGAUCACCAUCGGGCCAAAGCAGACGAUGGGAAAGAUGUUGGAGGGGACUAUUGUGACCAGCCAGCUGCCAAAGGUGGUACUGAAUGUGAAUCUCACCUCCACGCAAGGGAACUACACCUUUGACCCCGUCACCAAGGUGCUGACGUGGGAUGUUGGGAAGAUCAAUCCUCAGAAGCUGCCCAGUCUGAAGGGGUCCAUGAGCUUGCAGACAGGGUCGCCCAAACCUGACGAGAACCCCAACAUUAACGUCCAGUUCAAGAUCCAACAGUUGGCCAUAUCAGGUCUGAAGGUGAACCGACUGGACAUGUAUGGAGAAAAGUACAAGCCAUUCAAGGGCAUCAAGUACAUGACGAAAGCCGGCAAGUUCCAAGUCCGCACAUAGUGGCUACUCCGAAGGCACUUGCUCCCUACGGCCAUGAGAGUUUUGUUCCCUGCCUGCCUGCUUCCCAGUCGGAGUUACCUUUUCUUCCUUUCUUUAUUAUUGCUUCUUGUGUAUCGAUAGAACCACCUUGGUGGUUAGCUGCACUUCCAAAGAAUCCAGCGCAGGUUUAACCAUCAAUAUUGUUGGUAUGAACCAGAGGUUAUAGACUUGAAGUCAAGUUGGUGAUGCCUGGGACUAAAUGCCCUCUGGAGCAUCCGCUACUGUCCUCCGUUCCCGUAACUCAAUCACGUAAAUCAUUGAUGGAGGUUCUCAAGUGGUACAGCUGCAACCACAAUACAUGCUGUCCAUUGGUAAAGUUUAACAUCAGUUUCUUCUCAACACUACAUUGUGAGAAGUCUACCUUUAACUCGCAUGCUAACAGGCAGCAGCCUUCCAAAAGCUGAAAAAUGUGUGUUAAUUAUGUUUAUGUUACUGGAGUAGAAAAGAAAUUACGGAACAAACAAGCACACUGCACAUUCCCCAGCUUUGUGUGUUGGCUGGGUAUUGGCACAGUAAUUUAACUUUGUCACUAUUUCAAUGUGCUCGAGGGUUUACGAGGGUGCUAAUUUAGUUUUAUGCUGUUAUAAGGAUACUUGAUUUCCACAGGAUAUUUUUCUUAGCUUAUGUAAGAUAAAAACAGAAGAUGCUUGGGAACUGCUCAGCAGGUCAGGCAGCAUCUGUGGAGAGUGAAAUAGCCUGAGUGAAUAAGUUCUCCUCUAUUCUGAACUUGAACUCAAAAUUCUCCUCACAUUCUGCCCCUGCCCGCUGAACCACCCCAGCCUUCUGUUUUUUAUUUCAACGUGCAGCAUCUGUAGUAGGUUUUCUUUUUUGUGAAUCACAAUGUAAUCCUAGCUUCCCGGUCAUCGAGCAGCACUUGCUGUUCACCUGACAACAAUAAAUGUCUCUCUGUCGAGUGAAUUACCCCUGAGAGAAACGGUCUGGGCACCUCUUUUGCCUAUUCUGACCUGGCAAUGCUGAAUUAGAAAUGAGACCUCAGUAACUGCUGGAACAAUCCUGAAUGUGGACGUUGCAAUGUAGCGGUGAAGUCAUUCUUUUGGCCUGCUUGGUUUCUAACCUUUUCGCAGGCCCAUUGUAAAGCUCCCACUGCAAUCCUCUUUGCUGAGUGUGUAUGUUGUAGCGCCCCAUCAGGACCAGAUAAACUCUUGCCAAUGAAGUAUAAUUUUCAAUCCUUGUCCGUGCUUCGAAGCAAGAAUUCCUAAGCUGAACGUUUGCUACACUUUACAUUAUCAGGUGAACAGACCUAUAUGGGAAGCAAUGAUACCUUGUCGCUUAACGUUUACCCAAACCCCUGCAUUUGUUAAGGUUUUGGUGUUGUAACCUUGCAUUGAGUUGUACUCUAUUUAAUGUUAAUGUAAUGCCCGCUAUUCUAUAGCCCACUGGUGGCUGUGAGAAAAGUAUUGUGUUUUAACAAAUAAGUCAACGAAGCUUGGGAUUCGGCAGGAUCUUCCUGGAAAGUACAAGACUGUGAAUAAACUAUUUGUUGCUAUUCCAAAUGUAACAAACCCAAAAUAUGCAGCCGGAAUUUCUGUAUUUCUUUUCAUGAGCAUCAGAUUAAGGCAUGGGUUCCAUGGACCCCUUGCUAGAUGGUGUUACUCCGUGGCAUAAAAAAAGGUUGAAAAUCCCUGGAUUAAGGUGUAGUGUAUGGUCCAAGAAAUGACUUAAUUACAGAGCACCUUAAAUAUUAUUCUCCUGUGAUCAGGCAAAUGAUGGUGCUGAGAGUGGCCACUGUGGUUUUAAUUAUGUGCCUCUAGCCGAGGGGUUCCCAACCUUUUUUUAUGCCAUGGACCCCUACCAUUAGCCAAGUGGUCCCAACAGGGAACCCCUGCUUUUUUUCACCCUAUGAGAGAGGUGGGGCCUUUUCUUAUCCGCAUGUUGCUUUGUGAAGAGAUUGAAGCAUUUGACUCUGCUCCAUUGGGCCAAGUGUUACAUUCUGCUCUAGAUUUCUUCAUGACCUAACAUUCUGAUAUGUUUUGAGUUCGACUCUGCAAUGCAGGUGACCUGAAAUAUUUCCAAGGGUAAAAUGCUGACCACAGAAAGCGGAUUCCUCUCCGAAGUCUCAUUGGUGACAUAAGCAGGAUUUACCAUGUUAAUUUCCUGUUGAGAUGGAACUGAAUUAUUUGUGUGUGCAAUACCUGACUUGCCCCUUGCGGGUGGUACAGUAUCUUAAUUUAUUGUUUGGAUAUAUUUAAAAGGAUGAUCUUUACUGUACACUUAUCGGAUGUUGUUAAUAGAGUAUGAACUGUUACCGGAGCAGGGCAACCUUGCCUGGGAAGCCUGUUCAAUAAUGUUUAGCUUUAAAUAAAGUAAAAGUUUGUUAUGACAAA